AUGAGCAGCGGCAGCGGCAGCAGCAGCUCGUCGCCGACAAAGGCGCGCCACCAGCUCCGGCCACCUCAUCCCAACGGCCACCACCACCGCUCCUCACGCACCCCUUCGCCCAACCCUCCGCCGUCGCCGCGCCUGCACCUGCUCCCGCCGCCGCUGCUCCUGACCAUCCGCUUCUCCAACGGCCUGCCCGACCUUCACCUCGACAUCCAGAGGCCCGCCACCACCCCCGUCAUCGCCCUCAAGCACCUGAUCCGCUCGCGCCUCGAGGAGCCCACCUCACAGCGCCGCCUGCGGUUCAUCAACGCCGGACGCAUCCUGCCCGACGAUGCCGCCCUCUCUACCGUCCUCAAGCCUUUUCCCGCCUUGCCGCCGCCGCCGCCACCCGCGGCAAGCGGCAAGGGCAAGGCCGUCGAGGGCGCAGCCCCCGCCCCGCCGCGGGUCUACGUCAAUUGCUCCAUCGGCGACCUGCUCACGGAUAAAGAGCUGGCCGCCGAGGCCGAGGCCGCCACUGUCAAGAUGAACACGGCGCCCUCAUCUCCGACGGGUCCGCUGUCGCCAUCCCCGUUUUCCCCUGUUGGCGAGCGCACCGGCUUGCUUCGUGAUGCUUCCCACGGGCCCGGGGCCCAGCAGCAGCAGCAGCAGCAGCGUGGGCCGCGGGGAUUUGAUCGGCUGCUGUCCGCCGGAUUUAGCCACGCAGAAGUGAACCAGCUUCGACUGCAGUUCCGCUCCAUCCAAGCCUCGCGCCACACACCAGAUACGAUGCCUUCUCCCGAUACUUUGCGCAGCAUGGAGGACGCGUGGAUGGACAACAACCAGGGCACCGGUGCAGGCGGUAGCGGGAUCGGCAGCUACGGCGGAGGAGGUGAUGCUGACGGCACAGCGGGUGGCGAUGGCGGGGACGAGGUUGGCAUUAACGGCUUUGUGGACGUCAUGCUCAGAGGCAUGCUCAUCGGCUUCGUCUGGCCGCUGGGUGCUUUCGGUUGGCUCGUGCGCGAGGAGGGGCUUUAUAGUCGCAGGUGGAAGGUGUUUAUCAGUUUUGGCUGUCUCUUGAGUCUUAUCAUUGGGUUGAUUAGGUCGAUUUCGGGUGAGCAUGCAUGA